UAUACGCAGCAGAACUUUUAAUAUUUUUACAACAAAAACGAUGAAUUCCAACGUCUCAACGUUGUCAAGAAAUCAAGGUCUGAAUGCCCAUGGUUCGAGUUCAAGCUGGUCGGGAGAUGAGGCCAGGCUUUCUGUUGGCAGGAAAGUUAGUUUGACUGAAAAUAUUUCAUCGGCUGGUGUAAAUGAGAGCGAUGUAAGCCACAAACGAAUAAUAAAUCAUCUGACAUCUGAUUCUGAAGAGGAACGAGAUGAGGUACUCCUUUAAUGCCCUUUUAAUAAUAAAUACAAAUAGAUUUGUUUCUGACUUUCUGUCAAAAGAGAUUUAUGGGUCAUUAUUUUUGAUUUUCUACUUCCCCAACCUGGUGAGCAGUUAAGGUGAUCCCAGUAUGAAAAGAAGAUUUGUACACUGCACAGCACAUGUGCUAGCUGCUUAGGUUUAAGGUUAGGAUUUAUAAAGUGAAUUGGUUUGAAGAUUAUAGUAUUGAGGUUAUUUACGAUAUGAUUGAAUAUUUUUGUCUCCAGACAUAAAAUGGGCUAUUACAUUUAAUACCCGUACCCCCCCUGUCGAGGACCUCAUUUUCCAAGGGGGAAAUUAGUCAUUUUUUCCAGAGGGGUAAUUGGGAAAAAUGGAAGAAAAAUGCUCUUUCCAGAGGGGUUAAAAAGCAAAAAUGCACUUCCAGAGGGGGUUCAAGUCUCUUCCAGAGGGGUCAAUUACACAGAUUUUUUUGCAUUCCAGAGGGGUAAAAUUCCCAAAAGCAGAGGUCCUCGACAGGGGGGGUAUGGUUUUUUAAUGUAAUAGCCCAAUGUGAUGCAGUUUAAUUUGCAGGAUUUUAGUUCAAGCCACUAAAAAUAUUAAUACUGGGUUAGAACUUUAAUAGGGUUGGGAUAGUAUUAUAAUAUUAUGUUAGAGUUUUAAGUGCACAUGACAUGAAUAGAAUAUUUUUAUUGCUUUAUUAGAAAGUACCCUUCAAAUGAUGAAGAAUGGUGGUUACAGUUUUCUCAUAUCUUAUCUCAAUCCAGAGUUAUAUAUUACAGUUUUCAUAAUUUGAGCUAUGAUGUCAUAAGUUGUGGUAAAGUUUGCAAGAAAAACUGAAAGUGAAAUAUCUCCAAGAGGAUUUGAGCAAAUGAAAUGAAACUUUGCACAGUUGUUGAGAACAUACAUUUUGGUGCGUUUGUGUGGUUGUCAACACACUAGUUUCCAGUCUCUGCGCAUCAAGUCACAGGGUUCCUGCUGUAUACUGGCUAAGAAAAGCGCCUGUUUCACAGUUUUUAGUUGACAAGUACUAAAAUGUUCCCAUAAAGAACAUAAUAAGCAAUGAAAACAACAGAAAUAGCCACUUGUGCAUUGGAAAUAUAAAACUAAGUUUAUGCAAGAAAGGGGACUGGAAACUAGGGUGUUGCCUUGACAACCACACAAACAUACCAAAAUGUAUGUGUGACUGCACUCAACAACUGUGCUAUGUUUCAAUUCAUUUGCUCAAAUCCUCUUGGAGAUAUUCCACUUUCAGUUUUUCUUGCAACUUUUAGCACAGCUUAUGACAUCAUAGCUCAAAUUAGAAAAACUGUAAUAACUCUGUAUUGAGAUAAGAUAUGAAAAAACUGUAACUACCAUUCUUCAUCAUGUGAAGGUACUUUCUAGUAAAGCAGUAAAUUAAGGCAAAAAAGUCAUGUCAUGUGCACUUUAAGGUUAUAUUGAUUAACCAGUAGGUCAAGCAAUCACAGUGGAUUAACCCUUUACGUGGCAAUGCACCCUGAUUAUUUGCUUUAUUAUUUUACUCUGCAUAAUGCCAAACAAUUUUACAGUGCUUGUCUAGGGGAGAGUGCUGGACUCAAUGGCUGAUCCUCUUUCUGGGAACCUGUAUUACAGUUGCAUGAUUUAAUAGGGAGGUCACAGGCAGCAGAACUGAGGAGGGGUAUGUGAGGCUUGUAGAAGUGUGGGGGGGGGGGCUAAGCUCCCCCCUCCAAGAAGGGUUCCCAAUAGCAUAAUAGUAUUUGUACAUAGGCGGAUACAUGUAUGUGGUGCUGAAGGUACCUCACAAAGGGGGUUCAAGGGUGUCUCUCCAUGAAGAUUUUGAAAUUUAGACCAUCUGAAAAUCUGAAAUGGCAUUUUUAUUUCAAUGAGUAGCUUUGUAGAUUUUGUCAUAUCCAAAUAUUUACAUGUACUGUAGGAAAGAAUAUUGGGUACAUUUUUUAUAAAAGCAAGAACCUUUCCCUUGACAUGCAUUUCUUUGGUAAAGAGGAAAUAUUUUGGUUUAUAAUCUGGAAAAAUAGCCAGUGAUUGUUAUAGACAAUGAAAAUCACUGGGUGCACAUCAAUCUUGAGCAUGAUACAGUAUGAAGAAUAAUCAAGGCCAAAGUUUGUGUUAUCAACCAAAGGCAAAGGCUGGUUUUAUUUAUCAGCCCUCGAAAAGCGUCAAAAUUGAGGUCGGCAAAAAAAUGCUGACCUAAAUCUGACUACGGGUCGCCAAUCUAUUUCCAUGUCUUGGAGCACUAGUAAUCACAUAUUUGCGAAUCAUUGAAAUUGGAAUAUAAAGCAUGCCAUUUUCCGCGGAAACGCGAGUAACAACAGCUUUUCUUGUGGAGUCUUACCUAAAUUAUAUAUAGAAUACCCAUCAAUUUUUAAACCUUAAUUACACUGGAGGAGUGAAACACAGAAUGUGUGUAGUUAGUUAAUCGAACCAUAAUUAUUACUAAAAUCACUAAACUGGCCACAUCCCGCUAAGAAUUUCAAACGGGGAAAGACGUUUGAUAAACGGGGAAAGACGUUUGAUAAUUCCAAAUUCAAUUUUCGUUCAAUCAUGUGAUCAAAUUGUUUCAUCAUUUUGGUCACAUGACUUCACGAUUUGACAGUGCUAAUUAUUCCCAGUCAACUUCGAAACAACUCAGUAUAUUACAAGAUGGAGAUCAUAUUUUCGCUAAAAGGGAGAUCAUAUUAUAAGAUAGAUACUAGAUAGAUUGUUCAUUACGAUUAUGGAACUUUAAAAUGAACAUAAAACGAAUAUUUCAUAUAUUCUGUUGCAUUGACCUUCGUUUGGAUGUUUGUGACCUUGUUUACGUUUGAAUAACUUGACUGUUGAGUAACGAAUUUCUGACGUUUAAUUCAAAACUACGCACCUGAUUGGAUAAUAAAAUUAGAAACCCAUGUACAAAAAUAAAUUGAUAACAAAAUCGUGAAGUCAUGUGACCAAAAUGAUGAAACAAUUUGAUCACAUGAUUGAACGAAAAUUGAAUUUGGAAUUAUCAAACGUCUUUCCCCGUUUAUCAAACGUCUUUCCCCGUUUGAAAUUCUUAGCGGGAUGUGGCCAGUUUAGUGAUUUUAGCCAUAUAUGAAUCGAAUUCUAUAAUCGCUGACUUUUUAACAGCCACAAUAUCAGCACAAAAAAAUUCUUACUUUGGCUAAAUUAAGGUCAGCAAAAAUUUGCCGACCUGGGAGGUUGAUAGAUCGGCAUUUAGGUCGGCAUUGCCGAAUGCUGACCUCGUUUUCGAGAGUUGAUUUAUUUAAAAAAAUAAAAAAGACAUCUGCACCUGGGGGUUCAAUUCGUUAUGAAAUAACGAUCAGUUACUUUUCCCAUUUGCGGAAAUUCUUCAAUGUCUUAUUGGUAAAUUUCAUAUACAGGGAAUUUCAUAAACUACACUGUAAUUCGCUGAUAUGACACCUUGGGUUUGGUUGUAUGUAAAUAAUUGCAUUUUAAUAUUCCUGUUCAAUCUCAUGUAGAAAAUUAUUUUGUAGGUAAUAAUGAGUGCGAUAUGGUGUGGUGGAAAACUUGGUAGUGCUUAUUAUGACACCAGUUCUGCACAGUUAUUUAUACAGAUGGAUAUCUUGGAAACACAGGACUUCCAGUUUUUAAAACGAUGUAGGUACACAAAAUAUGAAAGCUUGUGCAGUGCAAGGACGUUGUUGACUCAAAACUUAUGUAGCGAUGGAAAAUAUGAGCAAAUUUACUAAGUAAAUUUACGAAGUAAAUCUUUACUCAAACGAUAUGAAUGAAUUAUUUCUAGUUAUAUUUAUGAUCUUAUGAUUGAUAUUUCUAGUAAUUAUGAAUGAAUUAUUUCUAGAAAUUAUGAUCUUAUGAUUGAUAUUUCUAGUAAUUCGACAAGUUAAUCCCACCACAGUUGUAACAAGUUCAAAUCAGGACGAAAGAUUCACCAAAGUGCUAAAAGGACGAGGUAUAAUGAAAAAAAGAAACGUAUAUCAUAUAAGAACGAAGACUAUGAUUGUCUUGUCCAGUGAGCUAUAUACAUAUCACAGGAGACCCGGGUUUUAUUUGCCCGCGCACGCAAAUAGAGCCUGGGUCUCCUGACUGGGUACAUAUCUGGAGUAAGAACUCGCGUAUUUUGACUUCGAUUUGAUUGACACUAUAUGUGCAGGGUUCGUACACCUUCUCUCUUUUAAAAUUCCAUGACUUUUCCGUGACUUCCCAUGACCAUUUUUUCCAAAAUCCAUGACCUGGAAGUUUGGAAUUUCUGAAAUUCGUUAAUAUUUUAACGAUAACAGAUAUAAUAAAAGAACAAAGUUCACUUCGCUCUUGCAAAAAUCCGUGAUAUAAUAACAAUUCAUAUUAUUGCUAUUGUUAUGACUGGUAAAUUGAAAAAAGUAAAAUACUUUGUUGAUGUUUUGUAAAAUUUCAAUUUUCCAUCACUUUCCAUGACUAAAAUUAAUUUUCCAGGAUUUCCUGGCCUGGAUUUUGGAAUAUUGAAAUUCCAUGACUUUCCAGGUUUUCCAGGACCCGUAUGAACCCUGUAUGUGGUUACGUCACGCAAUUUUCAAUUCAUCAAAACAUUAGGUACAUAUACGCAAUGCAUGUGGGUCAAAUAUUCAAUAGGGAGCUUAAGUAAGCGACGUUUCUGCCAACACGGAGGUCAGAUUGUUGAGGAAGGACUUGUCUAGGAAGUCUUUUGCUUUCUUACACGAGCGCUAUACAAAAUACCGCCAAAAUGAGUUGUACCAAUUUUCGGGUGACGGUCGUGUUGACAAAAACGUCGCUUGCUUAGCUCAUUAUUGUUUGACAGUUAAUUAAAGAAUAAUAUUUUAAUUUUUUGAUCUGAUAACUUGAUUAGCGAUACGACCCCUGGGACUAAAAAAACUGGAUUUAAUGAAAACUGUUUACGACCAAUUUAGGCACUGGACGUCAUUUUCCGCCACCUUGGCUUCACGUUUCUCAUAGUCCGAAUGACUGAAGAUAUUACUCCAGAUACAUAGAGAGCUCACUGGUUUUAAUGACGUCAUGAACGCUUCCUGGACCUGGGAGCCUCGUCCUCGCUAAUGAGUAGGAAAAGCUAUUCGCUCAUGAUUCAUGAUAACGAGGCUCCUAGGCCAGGGAGGGAUUUCUGACGUAACUAUUAAAAUGGUGUAUUACAGUACAAUAGUAAAUGCGUCAUUGAUGCGUCGUUUGUGCGUGAAAACCCAACUUUCUCUAAGUAAGGUCUAUGCACAGAGGAUAUUUUUGGACCCUAUUCUCUUCAAAGGACUUAACAAUAGCUUUGAAGUCUGUAAAAUAGAUAAGUAUAUGCCAAGCCACGCAGGCUACAGUACAGUAGUUUACAGCCCAAGUGGAAAAAUAUGAUUUGAUUUUAAUUUCAGCAAUUUUUAUUUCUGAAUUUAAACAACAAACACUGAUAUUCCAAUAAUAAUUUGGUUUAUGAUCAGAAUGAGAGGGGAGGAAAUUUCGUGGACCUUUUACUGUCCAAAACUGUACAUUCUUUGAAAUAUUCUUCAAAACAGGCGGUGUUGGCAUCGGAUCGGAUUCGUUCGGAUUUCGGUACAAAAAUAUUUAUUUCGGAUUGGAUCGGAUUGAUAAAGUUACUACGUCGUCGGAUCAGAUCGGACUUCGAUAUUCGAAAUAAAAUGAAUUAAUUAUAUAUAAUAAUUAUUGUUUGGUUAAAUAUUUCCACUUGAAUGAGAAAUUUAUUUUAUUAAAGGAUUCUUCGGAUCGGAAUUCUUUAUCAAAACUCGGAUCCGAUUCGGAUUAGACAAUUUCGGAUCGGAUUGGAUUUUAAACAUUAGCCAAUUAUAAACGUCCGAUCCGAUGCACACCUGUACUCCAUAACAUUGCUUAAGUUAUUUAAGUCGCAUCACUCAAUAUCACUACAAAAGGUUCACAUGAUUUAAUCCCUUGGCAAUUCUUUUUAACUUGUGAAAAACGACAUCAUAUUUUGCAGGAGAUGAAAAUUGUGAUGAAAUGUAUGGCAGUAAUACCCCAAUGGAAGUUCUACCAAGUAUUGAUUUCUGUAAGUAA